AUGGCCACCCCUAGUGUUCUCACCUUUGACGCUGAGGGUCGGGCUGUUGACUUUGAGGUCUGGGUAGAUGAUCUGCAGCUUUUCCUACAGUGCGAUAGGGCAGACGGUCUCUCCCUCUUUGACCUCACUUCUCGUGCCUCCCCUGCCCCUGCUGCUGAUGCUGACGCCACUGUUCGCUCACAGUGGGCCACGCGCGAUGCUGCUGCCCGCCUUGCUGUGCGCCGCCACUUACCGACCGCUGAGCGUGCGCAUUUUAUUAGGGACCACUUCCUCUCUGUCUGCCCCACCACUCUCACCGUUGACCUCCUCGAGGAGCGCCUCCUAGCAGCAGAGAAGAGUAUAGUCGCUGUAGGAGCCUCCCGUGGUGACCCUCGUACCCCUGUCUUUGAGGGGUGCUCCCCCUCUCCCCUCUUGCCCUCUGUUGCCUCUGCUGCUGCGGCCGACCUCGUUGGUCUUGAGUCGGUCGGCGCGGCGUCUGCCCCUAGCGGGAGACGCCGCUCAGGCAAGGGCAAGGGCGGCAAGGGAGCUGGAGGAGCUGGCGGGGGCGGUGGAGGAGGCGGUGGAGGCGGAGGAGGGGGUGGGGGUGGAGGUGGGAGUGGUGGCGGGGGUGGGGGCACUAGUGGCAGCAGUGGAGGCGGAGGAGGCAGCGGUGGUGGCGGUGCGAGCGGAGGUAGCGGAGGUGGAGGCGGUGGUGGAGGUAGCGGCGGCGGAGGUGGAGCUGGUCGGGGCGGCUCUACGCAGAGGCGGGGUGGGGGUGCUGGCCCCUGUACCUACGUUCUCCGUAUCGGCGACCGCGCGGGUGAGCAGUGUGGGGGUCCGCACUCCACCCAGCGCUGCUUCGGCCGUCUGACGGACGCUUGGCGUCACCAGUUCCCCGACGCUACUGAGAUCCCUCGCUGGGGCGAGCUGUUUAGGGCGGGUGUUGCGAUCUUUGAUCUUGAUUAUGAUGCUAUUCUUGCUGCCAUGUAUGCUGUGACUAUUAGUGAUGAGGGUGACUGUUACCGGUGUUUUCCGCCUGACCCGGGCAUUGAGGCUGCUGCUCUAGGUGCUGGUGAGGCUGCUGCUCUAGGUACUGGUGAGGCUGCUGCUCUAGGUGCCAGUGAGUCUGCUGCCCCAGGUGCUAGUGAGUCUGCGCUCUCAGGUACCGCGUCGGCUCUGGCCACCCACACCUUCACCCUUGACUCGGGUGCUUCCCGCUCCUUCUUUCGAGACCGCACCACACUCACGCCGCUUAGUCGGCCAGUGGCAGUCUCCCUGGCAGACCCCUCUGGGGGUCCUGUCCUUGCCCGCUUCUCCACUGUCCUACAGUGUCCGGCGGCCCCUUCUGGCACCCUGUCAGGUCUUUACCUCCCCUCGUUCUCUACGAACUUGGUGAGUGGUGCUGACCUCCAGGAUGCAGGGGUUCACCAGUUCACUCCUGCGAGUCAGCGAGCGACCCACUGUACCUGUGCUCGGACGGGCCGUCACUUGGCCACGUUUACCCGUCGGCCGGGGUCGAGCCUGUACACACUGACUACUGAGUCUCCUCCAGUCGCUGAGUCUGCUCAGGUAGCCGCGUCGGGUCGGGUGUUUGCUGCGGCGUCCAGGUCUGGCCCUGAGUCUGCCCCCUGCUCGUGUCGUCUCCUGUCUCACCAGACUCUCCUCUGGCACCACCGCCUUGGUCACCCCUCCCUGCCUCGUCUUCGAGGCAUGGCUUCCCGUGUCCUUGUCUCUGGUCUCCCCCGGUCCCUCCCUCCCCUUCCUCCGGGGCCUGCCCCCACCUGCGUUCCCUGCGUCGAGGGGCGGCAGCGCGCUGCUCCUCACUCCUCCGAGUUCCCUCCGACAGAGGCUCCGCUGCAGACGCUUCACAUGGACGUGUGGGGCCCAGCCCGCGUCCGUGGACAGGGUCACGAGCGUUACUUCCUGCUGGUGGUUGACGACUACUCGCGCUACACCACGGUCUUCCCCUUGCGCCGCAAGGGUGAGGUGACUGAGGUGUUGAUCGCCUGGAUCCGCGCAGCUCGUCUCCAGCUCAGAGAGAGUUUUGGCUCGGACUUUCCUGUUCUGCGCCUGCACUCCGACAGAGGCGGAGAGUUUUCCUCUGACCUUCUGCGAGCCUUCUGUCGCGCACGAGGCAUCCGCCAGACUUUCACGCUUCCGGCAUCUCCACAGCAAAAUGGGAUUGCUGAGCGCCGCAUUGGCAUGGUCAUGGACGUCGCUCGUACGUCCAUGGUCCAUGCGGCUGCCCCCCAUUUUCUGUGGCCGUUUGCGGUUCGGUACGCGGCGCAUCAGAUCAACCUUCAGCCCCGGGUUUCCAUGCCGGAGACCUCCCCUGCUUUGCUGUGGACGGGGAAGGUUGGCGAUGCGUCUGCGUUCCGUGUCUGGGGAUCUCGGGCGUUUGUCCGCGACUUGUCUGCGGACAAGCUGUCCCCUCGUGCUGUUCCCUGCGUCUUCCGUGGCUUCCCCCCUGACGCGCCAGGCUGGCAGUUCUACCACCCCACCUCGCGCCGUGUUCUGUCCUCCCAGGACGUCACGUUUGACGAGUUGGUUCCCUACUACCGUCUCUUCCCCUACCGCACUGCGUCCCUCCCCCCCCCGCCGCUCUUCCUUACGCCAGGUCCCCCUCCGGUAGACCCCCUCCCCCCUCAGGGUCCUGCCCCCUCAGGUGUGUCCCAGGUAGACGCAGUCGAGCCUGUCGAGGUAGCUGUUGACUCUGGUGCUGCUAGGGGUGCUGAGCCUGCGGGUGCGGGGUCUGGGGGUGCUGAGCCUGGAGGUGCUGAGUCUGGGGGUGCUACGACUCGGGGUGCUGAGCCUGGGGGUACUUUGCCUGGGGGUGCUGAGCCUUGGGGUGCUGAGCCUGGGGGUACUUUGCCUGGGGGUGCUGAGCCUGGGGGUGCUGCGCCUGGGGGUGCGGAGUCUGAGGGUACUGGGCCUGCUCGUGUGGCGCCUGGUGGUGCUGGGCCUGGAGGUUCUUCGGGUGCUUCGUCCCGGCGGGAGCUACUCUCUCCACAGGAGCUGCGAGAGUGGUUUGCCCGGCGCUGGAGGCGUGCUGCUGGAGCUGGAGGUGCUGCGGGCACUGGGGGUUCUGCUACUGCUGAGGGUGCUGGUGCCGCGGGUCCCGGAGGUGCUCGUACUGGGAGUACUGGAGCUGCUGGGCCUGCGGGUACUUCUCGUACUGGAGCUGGUGGUGCUGCGGGCGUCGGUGCUACUGGGGGUGCUGGUGCUGGUGGACCUGCUGUGUCUUCUGGUGGUCCGGCUGGAGCUGGAGCUGCAGGGGGUGUUGGCGCUGAGGGUGCUUCUGGUGCUGGUGCCUCUGAGGGUGCUGGAGUUGGCGCUGCUGGAGCUGGGGGUGCUACUGGAGCUGGUACUGCAGUUGGGGGUGCUGGUGCUGUUCCUGCUGGUUCUGGGGGUGCUGCGCGGCCGCGGCCGUACUUCGUUCCGCUCCUUGAGCAGGUUCUUGGCCUUCCGCCCUCUGCUAGUCCGGCUCCUCCCUUAGAGUGUCCACCGCCUGUCCAGUCCGAGUCGCAGUUACAACCUACCUCACCUCUGCCUGCUCCUUCUCCCUACACUGGUCCUACUGGAGGUCUUGCUGAGCGUCGUGAGCCUGCAUCUCGCCCUGCGUCGCCUGUCCGUGCUGCUCGCACUAGUGGUCGUAGUUCGCGUCAGCGUCCCCCCACUGUCCCCGGCACGCACCGGAUGUCUCUGCGUCCUUCCACAGCUCCACUGCGUGCCCCUUUGCCUUCUCCUCCUGAGUCCUCUCUUCCUGCUCUUGCUGACCCUGAGUCAGACUCCCUUCGUGCUGCCAGUCCUACUGUCACGCGUCUCCUUGCUACUGUAGUCACUGACCCUUCCAUUGAGUCCACUGCUGCGUCUGCCCUAGUUGCUGAGCUUGUCGACUUCACUGCUCGCUGUCGCCUAGACUACGCUGCUAGUCUUGUCGCUGAGUCUGAGUCUGUCUGUCCUCCGUCCGUCGGGGGUGAGUGUGCUCUUGGCACGGACGUCCUUGAGGACAGGCAGGAGGAGUUCCAGUGUCUUGCGGCUGCUUCACCCCAUCUCGUGUCCAUGUUACUUGCCCCUGAGGGAGACCCGGAUGCACCAGACAUCACGACUCCGCGCUCUUACGCGGAGGCGAUAGAGGGUCCCUACUCCUCUCAGUGGCAGGCAGCCAUGGACGCAGAGAUGGCUUCCUGGAAGUCCACAGGCACCUACGUUGACGAGGUUCCCCCGCCUGGGGCGAACAUCGUCAGUGGCAUGUGGAUUUUCAGGGUGAAGCGGCCGCCGGGUUCUCCGCCUGUCUUCAAGGCGCGUUACGUGGCUCGUGGCUUCAGUCAGCGGCAGGGAGUUGACUACUUUCAGACCUUCUCUCCCACCCCGAAGGUGACCACUCUUCGGGUACUGCUGCACUUAGCCGCUCACCGUGACUACGAGCUUCACUCUCUUGACUUCAGCACUGCUUUCUUGCAGGGCAGCCUGCACGAGGAGAUCUGGCUGCGCCGCCCACCUGGUUUCACUUGGGACUUUUCCUCCUGGCACCCAGUGGAGCCUCCGGCGGCCAGUCUACGGUCUCCGCCAGGCACCUCGUGA